CCAACUUUCUGUUCAUCGUCUCCCUACCGGCUACGCUGCGAUCUGCCUUGGCCGUCAACCAAGACAUUGGGCACUCUUCUUUCGCUCCACGCGACCUGCCAAUCUCUCUGUGUCUUGCCUUGGCCUAGACCCGCUUCUCGUACUCGUUCUUCCUGUAUCCGCCCUUCUCUAGGCCCUUUUGUCCCUGGGUGAAGCGCCGUCGGUUCGCUAUACCUCCCUUGACGGAAGAACAGCACCCCGCGCGUGGCAUUGUCGAUCAGCUUGCUGGAUAUACUUUUCUUCCAUGGUUGCAAUCUUUAUCUGGCUGGGAAUUGCUGUCAGUCUGUGUGAUUGUUGACACCAGAGUCGAACCCUUCCCCGUUCUGGAUGACCCCCUUGAUCCACGUCGAACUCUCUCUGAAAACCGCCGUCUUCUGUCCAAAUCUCAUCUAACUCCCUCUCUCACCCCGCCAUGGCGUCCUCUCUGGGCUCGGCAUUUCGCUCCUUCUGGCAUACCAUGACCUCUAAUGACAGACACGCCUCCCACGACUCUCCCUAUCGAACCGGCCAGCAUGUUCCCCUUAGCCAGAACCGCAAUGCUCCUCUCACAUCCGUGGCUACAAGCGCUGUCGAAUCUCGUGCGGAUCUGAGCUUCGAGGAAAAUCCCGCCAAACGAUCCUCCAGUCCUGCGUGGUCAGGUUCCCAUGGGGGAGUCACCUCUCCCGUUAGACCCUACUCGCCAGGCAUGAGGUCGUUAUCCUCCCAGCAGAGAAGGUCUAAUGAACUCAGUAGCUCGGAUGGUGUUGCUCCGACGGAAAUACAAAUGCAGAGUUUCCAUGCCGGCGCCCCGCCCCCUCCACCUGUCUCACAUUCUUGGAAAAAGAUCGAUCAAUGGGCAGAAAGCAACUACGAAGAACUUUACGAUCAAUUGUGCGAAGGGUGCUCGCAGAAUGAUGUGAACGAGCUGGAACAUGAACUGGAUUGCACUCUUCCACUAGAGGUUCGGGAAUCUCUGCAAAUUCACGACGGACAAGAACGCGGUGGAAGACCAACAGGCAUUAUCUUCGGCUGCAUGUUGCUCGACUGCGAGGAAAUCGUCCAGGAAUGGAAAAAUUGGAGGACUGUGAACGAAGAAUUCCUCAGCACAACUACUGUUACCCCUCCUCAACCACCCAUGAAAGCAUUUGGUGGAAGCUCCGCCGCUUCCUCUUCAUCAGCGCCUCCGCCACCACCACCUCAAAUAGGCUCGAACCCGCUAUGGAGACAGGAAUUGUUGGACAAACAAGAUUCGCAGCCACCAAAGGCCAUCCAGAAGGCAUAUGCCCACCCCAGCUGGAUCCCUCUGGCUCGUGAUUGGGGUGGAAACAACAUUGCCGUUGACUUGGCCCCAGGGCCAGCGGGGAAAUGGGGCCAGGUUAUCAUAUUUGGCCGUGACUAUGAUUGCAAAUACGUCGUUGCAAGAUCAUGGGCCGCCUUUCUUGCCAUUGUUGCCGAGGAUCUUUGCUCCCCAAAAUCCUUCGUGGACGACGAAUCUGGUGAACUCAAACUGAAGCAAUUUAAACAACCAGGUGUUGAACCUCCAUAUCUCGAAAUCCUACGCUGGCGCACAGAUCAAAAAUACGGCCGGAGGCCUCCGAGGAGAAAGACACCGAACGGACUCGGUGUGAAUACCGGUGUGAAUGGAAGCAGAGAUUCUCCUUACGGGAGCCCAACAACAGCUGCCGGCGGAGAUGAACGCGGACGGUCUCCCCAUCGAUUUCCUACCCGAGGACCAAACGCAAGCCCGAAAACAGGAUUUGGGGUCUCGAGCCCUCUCGCUCGAGUCACGGAAGAAACAACCUCGCCAGUGAGCCCCGGCAGCAAUAACAACAAAAUCGACGGCACCGGUUCUCUGAAUUCCGAUGCAACCAAGAGUCCCAAUGGCGUUGCUGAUGCUGCCUCUUCCACCACCACGACAACAUCGACAACAUCGACAGCAACGACAGCAACAGCAUCGUCAGACACCUCCAAGAGCGACGUUGCCACCGAUGAUCCUCCAGAAACAGGCCCUUCUGCCGCACCGUCGAAGGAGAAAGAGAAGGAAAAGGACAAGCGCAGAAGUAACCUGACCAGCCCACGUUCGUCGACGGGACUUGAUGCGGAUGCUUUGGAAGGGAUGAAGAGCAUUGCUAUCUAAAAGAGAGACAAAAAAUGAGAGAAAAUACAUUGAAAAACAAAAAUCACAACAUUUCUAUGCGGCAAAUGGUUUCUACUUCUUUUCUAGGGUCUUUCCUCCCUGCUUGUUGAUCACCCUUCUCUUUAUCUCCUGCUUGAUGUUUCCCUCCCCUCUAACCAUUAGAUAAUGGAGGUGAUCUAGGAACUUUGAGUUAGGAAGUCGGGGGGAAGGGAGGAGUUGUCUGCUUGAUGGGUCAACGGGUUGCAUGGCUGCAUGCUGUAUAUGUUCAUAUUUUGUUGGACGGGAGCAAAGUUGUAGGUAGCCCUUACUUAUUCUAAUCGAAGGGCUACCACGUCUUAUGUUUCCCGUUUCUUCUAAUCCCCUGUUGUCGGCCUCCCUGUCCGGUUUGUGUUCCUUCUCUUCGCUUUUCAUUUCUUUUUCAUCCUUAUAUCUUCUCCUGGCUUCUGCUUUUUUUUUACUAAUUAUUCAUAUUUCCCUUCUCC